CAAACGCAGCAGCUCAAGCCAGGCUGCCUAGACGGAGAUGCCAGGGAGCUGCUCCGCCAGCCAAAGGAGAGGAUCUGAGCAGGAAGGUCGGCCAGCAGUUGGAUUCACGUAGGUAGAAGAGGACUGACGUGUUUUGGGUUCGGGACUGCUGCUCGAAGGACCCCGUUGCUGGGGAGGAAUGGCUGCAAAGAGAAAGGAGGUGGUGCUUCAGAUUAACAUCAAUCACCAGGAGCUUUGGGAAGAAAUGCUGUGUCUCAAAGGACUCAUUGUUGUUGAUGCAUUUCAAGCCUGGUGUGGUCCAUGCAAAACAGUGGUGGACCUUUUCCAAAAAAUAAGGAAUGAAGUUGGCAGUGACCUCCUGCAUUUUGCUGUGGCUGAAGUUGAUUCCAUUGAUGCUCUGGAGAAAUACAGAGGAAAAUGCGAGCCUGUCUUCCUGUUUUACGCAAGAGGAGAACUAGUCGCUGUUGUAAGAGGAGCAAAUGCACCGUUGCUGCAGAAAACCAUCCUGGAACGGCUGGCAGCGGAAAAGGAGGCUUUGGAACGUGGAGGAGAGCGCGCGGUGGUGAUCGGGCGCUGAACCCCUAGCUACUGGAGGAGUGCGUGCCAGAGGAAAG